ACGGCGAUUCCCAUUUCCCAUUUUCACUAGAACGGAUUCGAAUUCGAUGCGGUUAGGAUUAUAAAUAGUAAAACGACGACAAUGCGAUCAAGAAGCGUGGUUGGGUCACGUGGACGUAGCAGAGAGGUCUCUGAUUAAACUUUCACGCUCACACCUCUCAUACACAACGCAAUCCAAAUUUUCCUUGCUUCUUUUCUUCCAUGGAUUUGGAUUGGUCGUGUUCUUCCACCACCACCACCACCACCACCACCGGCAACCCCUACUGUCUCCUCUUCCAAGCGCUAUCACUCAUUCCAAUCUCGCACUACCUCCUCUUCUCCUCCUUCGUUUUCCUCUCCUUCCUCUACCGUUUCCUGGAGCUCCAUUUCCUCCAAGACCUCUUCUCCCUCUUCUCCGGCUCCUCCGUCACCUUAACCUACCAUCCCGCUUCCCAAUUCUACGACGCCGUGGUUUCCAAAUGCAGGAUUCUCCACGGCACCUACCUCGCCACGCCCUGGCUCUCCAGCCCUCAUCUCCAGACCGUGUUUCUCAACUUCUUCGGCAGACCUCCCUUCUUCAAAUACAGAAGACAACUGUUUACUACUCCUGAUGGCGGAACCGUUGCUUUGGACUGGCUGUUGAGUUCUGACGUUUCUGCUGGUGCUAUCCAUAUGGAAGAUGUUGUUUCUACAGAUGAAUCCACUCCCAUUGUUGUAGUAAUUCCUGGUCUAACAAGUGACUCUUCAUCUGCGUAUCUCAAACAUCUUGCAUAUCAUACAGCAAAGUGUGGAUGGAAAGUUGUUGUCAGUAAUCACCGAGGACUUGGAGGUGUUUCAAUCACGUCUGAUUGUUUCUACAAUGCUGGAUGGACUGAGGAUGUCCGCACAGUGGUUAAUUAUCUACACAAAGAGAACCCAAGGGCACCUUUGUUUGUUGUUGGGACUAGCAUUGGAGCUAAUAUUCUGAUAAAAUAUCUUGGUGAGGAUGGUGAGAAUAUUCCUGUAGCUGGAGCUGUGGCUGUUUGCUCUCCUUGGGACCUUUUGAUAGGAGACAGAUUUAUAACCCGUAGGCAUGUGCAGAAGUUUUAUGAUAAAGCACUUGCAAUUGGACUUCAAGGUUAUGCAAAAUUACAUCAGCCUCAUUUUUCUCGCCUUGCUAAUUGGGAAGGGAUUGAAAAGUCAAUUUCCAUUCGAGAUUUUGAUCAUCAUGCCACCCGCAUUGUUGGGAAGUAUGAGACUGUUGACACGUACUAUAGACGCUGCAGCAGUUCUACUUAUGUGCAAUCUGUUUCGAUUCCACUUCUCUGUAUUAGUGCUCUGGAUGAUCCAGUCUGUACCAGGGAAGCCAUUCCCUGGGAUGAAUGCAGGGCGAAUAAAAAUAUUGUCUUGGCUACUGUAAAACAUGGAGGACAUCUGGCAUUCUUUGAAGGGAUAACUGCAUCUGGCCUUUGGUGGGUAAGAGCUGUUAAUGAAUUCCUUGGUGAAUUACGUGCUAGCCAUUUUAUGCAUGUACAGAAGAAGAUCACUAAACCAACCAUACCAUUGGACUCGUCAAUUGAUCAAGGCCCUUAUGUUAAUGUUAAGGAAGAUGGAAUGGUGGCUGCAUUGAACAAUGAGCCAAAAACUGACAACGUGGAAGAAAUACAGGUAAUACAGGAUACAGAUAAUGACGGUCUAGAGAUGAUUCCAGAAGAAAAAGUGGUUAAACAAGAUGAGCUUGAGACUAAUGCAAAGAUUCGAGGUUCUCCUGGCAUUGCUCAAGCUUGUGUUCAUGAUGCAGCAGUGCAUGUAAUAACACCUUUCAAAAGAGACCUAGGCCAGUUAUCUCGACAAAAUCGAUGGUCCAUCUGGUUGCUAGUUUAUAUUGCUAUUACCACAAGUUGGCCUCUGGUUGGUUCGGCUCUAUAUAUUGUGUUUGGGAAAAAGAUAAGGGAUAUCCUACCAAAUGGAUUAGUCAGAAAAUAAUUUCUUGAUUGCUAAUAUUAUUGUUGUAUUUGUCUGUGUAGAUGUAUAAGAAUAUACACACAUCAUUUCUUUGCCCUGCAAUCGGGGGAAAUCUGCAUUUCUAGGCUUGUGGAGAACUUAAUUCUCACUUUCAGUGGUUUCUUGUUUUUCCUUAAACCCAAAAGUAGACGAUUCAUUGAUGGAAUAAAAUAUUAUAGUCAGAAAACUAA